ACCAUGGGGAUGAACCAACUUAGGGUAUUUCACUACUCACUGAGGUCUACAAGAUACAAGUAGUCCGAGUUCAAAAGCGAUUUAUAACCUCAAGAGGUUCCCUCGUCAGCUGAUCAUAUGCGAAUAAAUUUAAACUAAUUUUUUGAAAUUCUUUGUAUAAUAUCUGCAAAAAAGCAUUAGUAAAACAGCUAAUGUUAAAAAUUCUCAGAAGUAACGGUUAAUAUAAACUCAAAUGUCAAAUCUAGUAGUAAAAAACACAAUUGAAUUGUCUAAAAAUAUCAAUAAUUUAUUCUAGUAAUGCGUACAAUGGUCGUCAACAUUUUGUCAAAGAAUUAAUGUCUCAUAUUCGAAUUGAUUCCUAUGGUACAUGUUUAAAUUCUCUUUAUUCUCCAGAGGCUGCUCAAUCUCAACGACAGCAACCAGGUGGAAAUCAACAACUCUAUUCAAAAUAUAAAUUUGUUUUAUCAAUUGAAAAUUCAAAUUGUGAAGAUUAUGUUACAGAAAAACUUAUUGAUGCCAUUUCAUCAACAUCUGUACCCAUUGUAGCUAGUCGAGAAAAAAUACCCGAUUAUGAUCGAUUUGCACCAAAACAUUCUUAUAUUAAUAUUUAUGAUUAUGAAUCACCAGCUGAUUUGGCACAUUAUCUUAAUUAUUUAAUUCAAAAUAAAACGGCUUAUAAUGAAUAUUUAUGGUUUCGAAAAUCUGAAAUAUCAUCGUCAAUUAAAACGUUGAAAGAAAAUAUUCUAUUUGCCGAGAAUAUUUUAGGUAAAAAUUCGACAAUGAGACGAUGGUUAAUUGCAAAAGAACGUUCAAUAAAUAAAUAUUGUAAAUUAGUCGAAUAUAUUCAUACAACAUAUUGGAAUUUAAUUUAUAAACGAAAAAAAUUUAAUAGACCACUUUCAUCACAAAUAUGUUUACCACAAAAUGAUCUACAAUCAUAUUUUAGUAAAUCAAAAAAUUCAUAG